AUGAUGCGUACAGUAUUUGCCUUGCUUUCCUUAUCAUCUUCUCUCCCAGUCUCCGAGGAUGAAUUUAUUGGUACAACCGCAGCUACUCCUGACCUGCCAGACUUUCUAUUCAAGCAUUUUGGCGAGCCACCCCUUACGGACUCGCAAAUGCUCAAUAUUCUUAUUGGAAGCACGGCAAUCCCAGCUGAACUCCUGACAGAGCAACCAGAAAAGUUUGACGAAUUAACUACUCCUGCUCCAAUGAAUCUUGAUCUUACCAAGGCCGCGGAGAAGGAAACAGUCGACUUAUUGGAGGUUGAAAUCAUAGAAGAAAUCGAAAAGACUGAUUCGAUCCAGGCUGGAUCUGACGCGAGCGCCCUCCAGAGCGCGCUCUGGAUGGUCCUACCUCUCAUUUUCGCCUUGUUUUAA